AUGGCCCCUAAGAAAAACCAGAAUCCAGAAUGGACUGGCUUAGAAGCCGACUGGGAUUCCGAGGUUUUGUGGAAGCAGGCCUUGAUAGACCCCCAGGCGAGGAGGGAGCAGGAGGCUGAGGAGAAGGUCAAGGAGGAGGCCGCGGCAAAGUCAAAGCCGCCUGAGCCUACCGCUGAGGAGCAGAGCAAGAAACUUACUGAGCUUCACGCCCGGAUGGAGGAACGCAUCAAACGGCUUGUGGAAGGGAGAUACCCUGAGCAAGGUCCUAAAGAGUCGAAGUGA